GGUUAAAAGUUUGUAACUGUCAAAUCAUGCGAUAUUUAUUUUCAACAAGUAAAAUAGUAAAUCAACUUGAAAAUUGAAAGAAAUAAAAAACUAAGUGGACGUGCUUCAAAUAAGUACCUAUAUUAUUAAAUAUAAAUAAUAUAUACUGCUUGUAGCAUUUUAUAGAAAUAGCAAAUAGAAUCAAACACUAAAAUUAUAAUAUUGCGAUGAAUUUUUAAUAUUCCCAAAACAUUACAAUAACAAACUUCUACCCAAACAUUUAUUAAAUGAUAUUAUCGGGUACAACUCAAAUACAAUUUAGCAUGAAGUGAAAGGCCACCUAGGAUUUACAUUAAUAAUAUUAAGUAUAUUUUGUAAAAGUAACAAUGAUGCAGAAUGAAGAUAAAAUGUUGGAGCACUUGAUAUCGGUGGAGAAAUUAGCGAAUGAAAUUUUAUCAGAUAGACAUGAAAUUGUUAUGCUUGACAAGAGAAGAAAUCACAACCGUGAAGCUUUACGAGACUUGUCCAAAUCCUCUCAGAAGAAAUGCUGGGUGACUGUAGGAUCUGUUUUGGUAAAACAUAACCUAGAUGACACAAGGUUAUUGUUAGAGAAUGAUCAAAAACAACUCACCAUUGAUAUAAACAAGCUGCGAAGUGACCUCAAAGUUAAAGUUAACAAUCUAAGAGAUCUGGAAAUGCAGAAACCUGUUCCUGGGUUGAUGUUAGUUCCUCUAUCAUCUAAAGAAACAGAGGGUUUAUCGAGUUCGAAAUUGAUUCCUUCGUAAUUAUAUUUUAUUAAAUAAAUUAUGAGUACAAUUAAUAA